CUCCCGCCCCCCCCCAAACUCCGAGCAGAGGGCGGCUUUGCGACAGCCGUAAGUGAGGGAGCUUGCGUCGCCGGCGGACCGACCGACGCUGGAAGCGGAGGAAGAAGCGGCCGCGGCGGAGGGGCUCUGCCCAUUGGCCAGUUUGAGCUGCGAGAUGAGGCCACAGCAGCCGCCUGUUGCCAGCAAAGUCUUCAUCCAAAGGGACUACAGCAGUGGCACGAGGUGCCAGUUCCAGACCAAAUUCCCCCCAGAGUUGGAAAACCGGAUUGACAGGCAGCAAUUUGAAGAAACUGUACGGACCCUGAAUAAUCUUUACGCCGAAGCGGAGAAACUCGGGAGCCAGUCCUAUCUGGAAGGGUGCUUGGCUUGCUUGACUGCCUACACUAUAUUUCUGUGCAUGGAGACCCAUUAUGAGAAGGUUCUGAAGAAAAUUGCCAAGUACAUUCAGGAGCAGAACGAGAAGAUCUAUGCUCCACAAGGCCUCCUCUUGACUGACCCCAUUGAGAGGGGACUAAGAGUUAUUGAAAUUACCAUCUAUGAAGACAGAAGUGUGAGCAGUGGAAGAUAAACCUUUGAUAUCAAAGGGACCAGCGAAGCUCGUUUCCUUUCUUCUGUCCUAACACCUUCCCCUCUGCUUCCCUGAACUCCACAGUGCCAUUUACACAAGGACUCACUUUUCAGACCCUCGUUCUUUCGUGGGGGAACCCCAGCCCAGCUGGGCAGCCUCUGUCUUGCUUUGUUGGGCCUGAAGCUGCAGCGUUCCCUCAGGCAGGAGGCCAACCGGGGAUGACCUCAAGGCGGUGGGACUCUCUCGGUGGACUUUGGGCUUCUAUCGGCUUCCGGAAAAAGAAAGCAACACUGUGUGGCGUUUUGGAAAAUGAGGCCUAUCCUUACGAAGUACAACCUGCUGAUUGGUGAAAAAGGGACCCAGGCCCCCAUCUUCCCGACUGACUCCAUUAAGAAACCGCAAAGCGUUUUUAUUUUUUACUGCUGACGUGUUUUGGAGCCGCCUGUUCUCAAUGUACAGUUCACGAGAAGAAUCUGUGAGCCGUGUGUUAAAACAUGAGGAAAACGCAGCAGCCCCAAAUAUGUCGUGUUAGCAGAAGUGUCACUUCUCGGCUCCUCUCCACCCUUAAAUGUUGAAUCUGUAAAUGUAGGUAAUGAAUAUGGCUUUGGAGUUUUUUAUAGAUGUUUUAGUUUAGGGCAGGCCGGUUUAGGGCCAGUUAGAAAUGGUGUUCAGUCCGCCAGCUUUUUCCUUUCACAGAUGUCGUCUCUGCAGUACUUCUACUUGUGCUCGACAUUCCAGCGUGAUGCUUGCAAAAAUAUCUGGAACAUUUUACACCCCCCCCCCCGUCUCAAAAAAAUCCAAUAUCCUUUGUUCCAUUCCCUCUUCUCUGUCCAGUGUGGGUUUUACUCCGUGUAUCUCUUUGACUCUAAAACGGCAAAGUAAUUCUCUGUGGAGGUUGCUAUCUCUCGUGACAAGGUAUUAAGGAAUUUGCCAAACAAGACCAGUUUUAAAAUUGGUGGCACAGGUGGGUUUUUUUGUCUUUGAGCAAUAGGAGAGGCGCCAAAUAGUGGAUCAAGGUUUUCAGGUGUAUAAUUCUUAAAUCCCGUUCCUUCAUGGUUUUCUUUAUCCUGUCUAAAAGUUUAAUAUUUGAAAUAUAUAGAUACUUGUGAGUUGUUUUUUCUAAUCUGUAACAGUAUUUUGCCUUUUGCACCCGUUACAAUUGACUUUGGGAAAUAAUGGCUUAGUAACCUUUUUUCUUAAAUAAAUUGUCAUUUGCUAGCA